AUAAAAACCGCACUUGUGCUUGAAACCGUCAGGUGCGAAAGUGUGGAGUGUGAGUACAGUUUUCGAGUGAAUUCCCUGACUUCUAAAACACUGGAUAAGAUACACAACAAGACGACAAAAUGAAGCUCGCUUUUUUGCUCCUCUCAUUUAGCUUCGUCGCUGUCACUUCGUUCGAGUUCCAAGAUCCUCACCAAGCUGACGUCACAUUUGGUUCAAAAACACCCACAGCUCAGGUGAUUUCUGUGAAAGAAAGCAACGACGGUGGAAGAGUGAAAAUCGUGUCAGUCACUGGAGUGGCAGGCCCGUUAACCGUAAAAACGAACAGCCAGAGCGUAAUUGAUGUUGAGACAGAAAAUGCGGCUGAUGCUAGCGAAAACACCCUGUCGAUGAACCUUCUAGACUACGAAGCGUUAGUCCGUAAAGGCAGUCCAACCGUUUUCGCUAUAGACGUUUACGAAAAUAACGAUAUAAUGAAUAAACAAACUCUGAGUGUAAAUAUUGUCAAUCUAGAUGACGAAAGUCCGACUUUGUGGUCUUCAGCUUGUUCCAUGAAAGAGAACACUCAAGUUGAUGUAGAUUCGAGCGACUGUGUAUUUAUAGUACAUGAUGCAGACGGCUGGUUAGCCUCUAUGGACUUUUCAAAGAUCAUUGGAACACAGGGAGAGGACGAUCUCUUCGAGUUCAAGUACAAAGACAUCCCCGACAAUACCACUCACCACAGCGAGGUCUACCUAGUCCUAAAAGACGGAAAAACCCUGGAUUUCGAAACCACAUUUGUGUACAGUUUUAGCAUACAACCUGCGGACGCUGCAAGUCAUCCAACUUUUCCCCUGAGUGACGUACCCAUCUUGGUGCGAGUACUAGAUGUACCAGAUCAACCCCCAAGAUGGAACAGCGCUUUCAGUUCUGUUGAAACAGUUACCGAAAAUACUAGAACGACGUUCACCGUAUCAGCUAGCGAUGGUGAUAUUGGAAUCAACAGCGCAAUAAACUACAACAUUACCAAAAAAAGUCUUGAUUGUGUUUCGAUUGAUAAGGAAAGUGGUGAAAUUACAAUUGGUGAAAUCGAUAGAGACGACGGCAAUGAUCAGGUCACUUUCACUGUCAGGGCGUACGAGGUUGACGAUCCGGACUCAUACGUUGAUGACACCAUCACACUUAUUGUGAUAGAUCAGGACGACAAUGCAGCUGUUAUCGGCAUCGAAAAUUCCGAUGACAAGAAAAUUGAUAUAACUAUUGACGAAAAUUCAGUUGAUAUAGAAGCGAACAUUUUUGCCGAUGAUAUUGAUUUGGGGGACAAUGCAGUUUACAAUGUCACUCUUGUUUCCACGGGAAAGGUCGACUAUGCGUCUGCUUUCUCAGUAACUCCGGAAAUGGCGUUCGAACAAACCUAUUUUGCUUUAACAGUUGUAGAUCCAAGCAAGCUCGACUAUGAAGAUGUAAACUGGAAAAAGAUCACCAUGGAGUUGCGCACAAUCGGGAUUGUAACGCCUGCCAAUGUCGACACUCUACCUAUCACUGUCACCCUGAAAGACAUCAAUGACGAAGUGCCUGUUUUCACACCAGUCGAAAAUGCGGUCACAGUACCCGAAAACCAGAAAGCAGAAACCUUGAUAAUCACUAUCACAGCAACUGAUAAAGACCAAGAAGACAUAGACGCUGGUUUAAAAUACGAGCUCCUGGGAGACUAUGCCAACACCGUUUUAACUAUUGACGAGCCCAGUGGAGACGUGUCAACAAAAAUUGACAAUGCGUUCGACUACGAGAAACAACAAACCGUCGUUGUGGAUAUCCGCGCCACUGAUCAAGCCAACCACCAAGCUGUAGCCCAAUUGACACUAACAAUCACAGAUGUGAAUGACGAAAGUCCGAAACUAGCUGCUCUAACCCCUAUUAGAAUUGACGAAAAUCAACCAGAUGGUACCGUCUUGGAAGCGGAAAUUUCGGCUUCUGAUGACGAUACUGAUGCGAAUUUGGAAUUUUCGAUCGACUGGGACAACUCUUACGCUACGAAAAACUCCAUACAAUUGUCAGACGAAAGUUUCGCCACCAUUCGGUGUGUCGAAAUUACAACUGUGGCUGAUUCUGAAGACAAUAAAGUAGCGACCGCACAGCUUACUGUCACACAACCGGAAACUCUAGAUUUUGAAGUUUUUGACGAACUGUUUCUAAUGGUUGUGGUAACUGAUUUGAACCAAGCGGAUGGAAAUGGUGUCGAUUCGGCUUACCUUGUGAUUAGUGUCCAGGACGUCAAUGACAAUGCACCCGUUUUUGGUGACGAUAUAGAAACGGAAAAGUGGCAAGUCAUGGAAAAUGCUGCCCCCGGGACUCUCAUUGCUACGGUUGUUGCCGUCGAUCUUGACAUUGCAGACGUCUUGACUUAUUCCAUUGAGGGUGUUGAUAAAGAUUCACCGUCGGAUUGGGUUACUAUUGACGAAACUGGCUUGGUUACUGUCAAUUCAAAUAGUAUAGACUGCGACAAUCCUGUAAGAGAGUCCGUUAAGUACAAUGUUACAGCGAGUGAUGGCACAUUUACGACCACAGCCACAAUCACUGUUGAUAUUAUUGAUACAAAUGAUAAUGCUCCAACGAUGGAGAGUCUUGAUGCAACUUUGGCUGAAAAUAGUGCUGAGGGUGUCGUUGUGUUGACUCUGACACCAGAAGAUGGCGACAGAGAUGAUGCUUACAAUACAGUCAAAUGUGACUUUGCACACUCAGCAACAACAGACGUUACGAACCAAUUUGAAAUAGUAGACAACGAAAUCAAAGUACGCGCAGGAGCUACUCUAGACCGAGAGUCUCAAGACAAGUAUGUUUUUGAACUCAGCUGUAACGACGAUCCGGACCAACAAGGGUACGUUCGGAAUUUUAUCAAUCCUGCUCCCGUGAUUACCAUCACUUUGGACGAUGUCAAUGAUAACCCUCCGACCAUUUAUAAUACUGACAUUACAGGACAAUUUGACGAGAGUUCAGCAAAGGGUACCACAGCUAGUCUCGAAGGACGCGAUGCAGAUGACCCGAAGAGUCCAAAUUCGAAAAUUGAAUUUCAGGGAAUCACAAAAAUUCAAAGAUUUAUUAACAAAGAUGAUACAACACCACAAAACGAUCCUCCACAGGAUCUCUUUACUAUCAAAACGGGUGACAACAAUGAAGGAAUUCUGACUGUAAAUUACGAUAAUCUUGAUACCUAUUUUGGAUAUUUGGUUCUUACCGUCAGCUUGAGUGAUAAAGGAGAUCCUCCAAUGACCAACGAAGUAGACGUUACUGUAGAAGUUGCCAAAUACAAUUUCAAAGAACCUGCAUUUUCGUUCCCAUUUGAUGAAGAAACCGUCUAUUUGAAGAAGAAACAAACUCCCAAUUCUCCACUUAUUACGUUGAAAGAAGACGCCCCCUUGGAUAAUAUUAAGGCCAGUGACCAACAGGGGGAGAAGUUUUCUCUGGAGUUCACCAUCACUGAAGACAGCAGUGGCGAUGCUAAACUUUUUAGUAUCAAGAAUUUGGGAAACUCAGAAGCACAGCUGCAGAUCACUAGUGACGUUUUUAAGAGCAAAUCCUACACUAUGGUUAUCACUGCGUCUAUUAGUGAGCAAGAUUCCAUUCAAGGAAGUGCCGCUUUUUCGAAGGACGUGACGCUCAACGUCGAGUUCAUUGAUUUGAAGGACACACAGACCGCCUUCACCAAUCAUCAACGGACAACAGCCGCUGGUAGGUACUUGUCGACGUACUUAUCAGCAACGUCCAACGCUCCGUCUAGAGUAUCAGCUGCAAAGGCUGUGUACUUGCUCGACAAGACGGUAUUGCCGAUUUGCUUGACGGAAUCUGCUCUUUUGAGCACCGGUUUGACGAUUUUGUUACCGACUUCGACUCUUGCACAAGACUUUGUCAAUAGAAGAAAUCGGGGCUUGGAACAGAGCGAUGGUUGGAAGAGCGGUGUCAACUGCAGCCUGAAUGGAACUUUCCGCUUGUUGCAAAGUCCAAUAAACGAGGUUGUUGGAAUUCUGGAAACUUGCAUUAGAAGAUAUCUUUGUUGUACAAUUCUUACUUUAAUUUUGUUGUACAUGUUUCCAGCGAUGUGCCACCCGGAUUCGACGAUUGAGCGAAACAAAUUUGUGACAGUUUUUUCUCAGUCAGACCAAUUUGUAGAUAAUAUCGUCAAAAUGCGAAUCCCGGUUUUGGGUCUGUUCGCCCUCUUUCUUUGUUCUGUUGUGUCAUUUGACCUCGAAGAUCCUAAAGAAGAUGGGGUAACAUUUGGUGACAAAACAUCCACAGCUCAGCUCAUUUCCAUGAUCGAAGAUAACAAUAAUACUAUUAGAAAAAAUAUUGUUUUAGUAACAGGAGCAAAUGAAGAAAUAACUGUUAAUAGCAACAACAAAGACUUGCUUCAAAUUGAUACUACUAAUAGUGGCAGCGACAUUUACGUCUCCGUGGUAGCUCUCGACUAUGAAAAAAUCACCACUAAGAGUUUUCCCAUAGACAUUAUAGAGGGCAACGAUUUAAACACAAGGCAGACGAUCAGUUUAAGUGUGGUUAAUACUGACGACGAAAGUCCCGCCCUGUCAACUUCAGCUUGCAUGAUGAAUGAAAAUGCCAACAUUGAUGUAGAUUCGAGUACCUGUUUGUUCACAGUGAGCGACCCAGAUGGUUGGCUAGAAUAUAUGGACUAUUCUGCAAUUUAUGGAAACAAUGGCGAGAGUGAUCUUUUUGACUUUGCAUACAAAGGCGGCGCCGUUGACAACACCACUUCAGAGAGUGAUGUUUUCCUAGUGCUAAAACCAGGCCAGACACUCGACUACGAAACCACAAUGUUGUUCACAUUUCACGUGAAUGCCACGGACGCCUAUGGUCAUCAAACUGCCCCCUUGGUCACCGUACCAGUCAUCGUGCAAGUGGUGGACCAACCCGACGAACUCCCAAGAUGGGGCAGCGGCUUCAAAUCAGCUGCCACAAUCACGGAAAAAACCGAAUCGACAAUAGAAGUGUCGGCGACGGACGGCGACAUUGGGAUCAACAACGAGAUCAACUACGAAAUUACUAACACAAGUCUGGAAGGUGCCGUUAGUAUUGACCAAAAAACGGGUGUAAUUAGUAUCGAGUCAAUCAAUCGAGACGAAGGCAACGACCAAGUCAUCUUCAGCGUGAAAGCAUACGAAGUUCCAGAACCAGAAUCUUUUAUUAUUGGAACCAUAACUCUCAUCGUGGAAGAUCAGGACGACAAUGUAGCAGAAAUCAAAGUUGUGGGAUCCGACGAUAAGAAGAUCGAUAUAGAGGUUGACGAAGGGACCAUUGAUUUAAAUUUGGACAUCGUAGCUAGUGACAUUGAUCUGGGAGAAAACGCCAUUUACAACGCCACUCUUGAAUUUACAACCACAGAUUUCUCCUCUGGUUUUACUAUAAUUCCUGGAAGAGGUUACGAAAGUACAAGUCUUACUUUGACUAUUCUAGAUCCAAAAAAACUUGACUACGAGGAUCCGGACUGGAGAGUGAUUACAAUGGAGUUAGUAACAACCGGAACUAAAACCCCUACUAACAUAGACAACUUACCCAUCACGAUCACACUGAAAGACAUAAAUGACGAAAGCCCUAUUUUCCAACCAGACGAAUAUUCCGUCACAAUUCCCGAAACCACAAAAGCGGGUACUAUAAUAAAAAACAUCCAAGCAACAGAUUUAGAUCAAGAAGACAUCGACGCUGGUCUAAAACACGAACUCAUAGGCAACUACGCCAAUAGUAUCCUGACCAUCGAAGAUCUCGGCGGCAAUAUAACAACAAACAUUGACAACGCGUUCGACUACGAGAAACAAGAAGAAGUCAUUGUCCAAAUCCGUGCUACUGACAAUAAUAACCAUGUUACCACCGCCCAGUUGACGAUAACGGUUGAGGACAUCAAUGACGAAAAGCCAAAGAUGGUUGUGUCGUCGUCCAUCACCGUGGUUGAAAAUCAAGCGGAUGGUUUUGUCUUGGAUUCGCAGAUUUCCGCGUCCGAUGAAGACAAUACCUCGGAUUUGGAAUUUUCGAUUGACUGGACGAACUCUUACGCUACGAAAAAUUCGCAGAGAUUGAAGCAAGAGGUUUUCGACACUAUUCAUUGCAUCAAUGUGGAAACUGUUCCUGAUCCUGAUAACAGCAAGGUAGUGACUGCAAAGCUCAGUAUCAAAGAAACCCAGAAAGCCAGCACUCCAGACUAUGAAGUUUUUGAUAAUCUGUACAUAACGCUUGUCGUGACUGAUAAAAACCAAGAAGAAGGAGAUGGCACUGAUUCUGCUUUAAUCGUCAUCAGCAUCCAAGACGAGAACGACAACGCACCCGUUUUUCCUGAGGGAACUGAGACAGUCAAGCGCCAAGUUACCGAAAACGCCGCCCUGGGAACAGGCAUCACUUCCCCAGUGGCCACGGAUGCGGAUAUUGGAAACAACUUGACUUACUCAAUUGAGAGCGCUGACGCGGAUACACCCAAAGACUGGGUCACUAUUGACCCUACCACGGGAAUAAUCGAAGUCAGCUACGACAAAAUAGACUGCGAUGACCCUAAAAGGGACAGCCUUAAGUAUACAGUUACAGUCACUGAUGGAAAACACGAGACUCCAGUCACGAUAACUGUUGAUAUUAUUGACACAAAUGACAACGCUCCGACGAUGGACGACUACACCAAACAUAUCGCGGAAACUCCGAACGGCGACAAUAGUGCUAAUGGUUCAAGUGUAGUCAUUUUGGAGCCAAAGGACAUCGACAGAGAUGAGGCUUACCACACGGUGGCAUGUUCAUUCGCGCCGUCAACGACCUUAGACGUUACAAACCGAUUUAUGAUAGUAGACAAUGAAAUUAAAGUGUUUUUGCUCGAAGGAGUCGAUCUCGACAGAGAAACGCUAGCAGAGUUUGUCUUUGAUCUGAACUGCUACGAUGAUCCGCAGCGUCAAGGGCCUACUUCAAAUCCUAUCAGUCCCCCUCCCAGAAUCACUAUCAUUUUGGACGACAUCAACGACAACGCCCCCACUAUCAAUAACACUGUUAUCACGGGGAAGAACGAAAAUACAGCAAAAAACACUAAAAUCACCCUUUCCGGAAAAGAUGAAGACGCUCCAGAUACCCCCAAUUCGCAAAUUGAGUUUGUGAAAAUCUCGAAAAUCCAAAGAAAUGUUGAUGGCAUAGCGCAGAACGAUCCUCCACAGGAUCUUUUCGUUAUCGAAACGGGUGACAACAACGAAGGAAUUUUGACCUUGAAUUUGGAGAAUCUAAGGAAUUACUAUGGAAAUUUGGUUCUAACCAUCAGCUUGACUGACAAGGGAGAGUCUCCACUGACGAGUGACGUUGACGUUACUAUAGAAGUGGCAAAAUACAACUUUGAAGAACCUGCGUUUAUUUCCCCCAAAGAAGGAAAAACCUAUUAUUUGCAACCGGAGCAAACUCCCUACACUGCACUUCUUAUGUUCGAUGGAAUCACUUACAUGGACGCUAUUAAUGCAACAGAUCAACAAGGACAGAAAUUUCUCCUGGACUUGAAAAUUGUUAAAGACGACGCAGACCUUUUCUAUCUCAAGUCAUCUGGAAAUUCAAUAGGAGAAUUACAGAUGAAGACCAGCAGCUUCGAAAAACAACUCUUCCCUUUGACCAUUAAUGCAACAAUUAGUGACGCGAUGAUUCAGGGAAGUGCAGCUUUUUCGAAAAUCGUAACCUUCAAUAUGGGCAUCUUCGACAAAAUAAGAACGGAUCCCAUUUUCACUAACCACGAAGGCAGAACAAAUUUCACAGAAAAUCAAAAGGGGCUAACCUACCAGGUGGAGAAUGCUACGUAUUCGGACAAAGACCUUCCUGAUGACCUACCAGUGUACUACUUACUGAAAACGGGUGAUGAAAGCAUUUUUGAACUUGACCAGAAAACUGGAUUGUUGACGCUUAAACAAGAACUGGAUUAUGAACAGACUCAGAGCUACGAUCUAGUUAUCCAGUCUUCGAACGGGCCGGCUAUUAAACCUGAUGCUAUAGAAGACACUAGAUUUUACUUGACCGUUGACGUGGGCGAUGCCAAUGACAACGCUCCGGUCUUCACCGAUAAGAAAUAUAUCGGUAUGAUGCUUACCGUUUCAGAUACCACAGAUUCCUCAGUGGUAAAAGUUCAAGCUACUGAUGCAGACACAACAAGUCAAGGUAAACUCGUCUACAGUAUAACAAAAACAACUGGAUCCAAUCCAGACUUAAUCGCUCUGGGAAAUGCGUUCAAAAUCGACUCCUCUAAUGGCGACAUCGCUCCUAUCUUCACCCAAAAUGCCAAAUACUCUGGCUACUUCACGCUAGAUGUAUCAGUUACAGACGAAGCUCCCGAAAACAACCAAGACACAGCCCAAGUCAAUAUCUACCUAGUCACGGAUAGCAACCUCGUCAAAUUUACCUUUGAAAACGACCUCGACACCGUCUCCAACUUGAGAGAAAACGCCACCGCAGUCUUGGACGAAAUCUUCAAAAACGAGAGCUACGUCAGCAAAGUGCUCACCCCCACACAAGGAGAUCCCGUCAAUGACAAUCCUCGUACAAACGCUCCAAUUUACUUCGUGAAGACCACUGACAACUCCCCAGUAGAAUCAAGCAACAUCUACCAGAAAGUCACAGACACCAACUUCUUCAGACAACUCCAGAGAGCGUUUUUGGCGAUCGGUUUGAGCCUACAGAGUUUUGACUCGGAAGCUGAUACUACGGACAACAUGGAGGAGACGCUGAAAGCGUGGCUUAUCGGAGUAGCGGUAGUUCUGGGGUCGCUCUGUCUGAUUCUUCUGAUUGCGUUCAUCUUGAAAACUCGGACUUUGAACCAGAGGAUUGAUAAGUUGUCCAACACCAAGUUCGGCUCGCAGGAGUCCGGGUUGAACAGGACCGGAGUUACGGCUCCUACUACCAAUAAACACGCGGUGGAGGGCUCGAAUCCGGUGUAUAACAACGAAAUUGACACCAAGGAUAUCGAUCGGAGGAGUGUCACCAGUGGCGAUUCGGACUUGAUAGGAGUUGAGGAUGACGAGAAAUUUAAUGUCGGGGACGGCGAGAGAUAUAAUAUCGAGGAUGACGACAAAUUUAAUUUCGACGGAGACGGGUCGAUGAACAGAGAAAACGUUAUAGAGGUGGGCGAUGCCAAUGAUAACGCUCCGGUCUUCACCGAUAAGAACUAUAUCGGUAUGAUGCUUACGGUUUCAGAUACCACAGAUGCCUCAGUGGUAAAAGUUCAAGCUACUGAUGCAGACACAACAAGUCAAGGUAAACUCGUCUACAGUAUAACAAAAACAACUGGAUCCAAUGCAGACUUAACCGCUCUGGGAAAUGCGUUCAAAAUUGAUUCCUCUAGUGGUGACAUCGCGCCUAUCUUCACCCAAAAUCCCAAAUACUCUGGCUACUUCACGCUAGAUGUAUCAGUUACAGACGAAGCUCCUGAAAACAACCAAGACACAGCCCAAGUCAACAUCUACCUAGUCACGGAUAGCAACCUCGUCAAAUUUACCUUUGAAAACGACCUCGACACCGUCUCCAACUUGAGAGAAAACGCCACCGCAGUCUUGGACGAAAUCUUCAAAAACGAGAGCUACGUCAGCAAAGUGCUGAGCCCCACACAAGGAGAUCCCGUCAACGACAACCCUCGUACAAACGCUCCAAUUUACUUCGUCAAGACCACCGACAACUCCCCAGUAGAAUCAAGCAACAUCUACCAGAAAGUCACGGACACCAACUUCUUCAGACAACUCCAGAGAGCGUUUUUGGCGAUCGGUUUGAGCCUGCAGAGUUUUGACUCGGAAGCUGAUACUACGAACAACAUGGAGGAGACGCUGAAAGCGUGGCUUAUCGGAGUAGGGGUAGUUUUGGGGUCGCUAUGUCUGAUUCUUCUGAUUGCGUUCAUCUUGAAAACUCGGACUUUGAACCAGAGGAUUGAUAAGUUGUCCAACACGAAGUUCGGCUCGCAGGAGUCCGGGUUGAACAGGACCGGAGUUACGGCUCCUACUACCAAUAAACACGCAGUGGAGGGCUCGAAUCCGGUGUAUAACAACGAAAUUGACACCAAGGAUAUCGAUCGGAGGAGUGUCACCAGUGGUGAUUCGGACUUGAUAGGAGUUGAGGAUGACGAGAAAUUUAAUGUUGGGGAUGGCGACAGAUAUAAUAUCGAGGAUGACGAUAAAUUUAAUUUCGACGGAGAUGGGUCGAUGCACAGAGAAAAUGUUAUAGAGUAGAUUUAUCCCUAAUUUUGUAUUAUUUAUUUAAGAUAUGUAAAUAUCGUAUUGUAUUAUAGUAUAAAUACAUUUUUUUAUUAAA